AUGCAAUCGGAUGUCGUGACCGGCGUUUUUGACAAGACAAACAACGUACGUAAGCGGACUCAUGCGUGUGAGCGAUGCAAAUUGAAGCACUCAAAAUGCGAGAUUAUCGACGGGCACAAGAAAUGUAUCAAUUGUGAGCUGUGCAAGUCGGACUGCAAGGAUUCAAUCGCAUCGUCCUUGCAAAUCCGGUUUAGUAAGUUCAGUCAAAUAGAGACAAAAGAUAGCCCGGAGAGCGCGGGGGGAGCAAGGGAUGAGCCUUGCGCAACUCGAAGUGUCAGCCAGCGACGUCCCUCCUCCAGAAAGCGCCCAGCAUCAGUUUCACCAGUGAGAGUUCGUGGAAAUUCUUUUAGCGAUCAUGGACGGCCAGGUUCAGUCAAAAGAUGGCACGAUAUUCCGGACGUAGCCCCAUUUCAUGGAAUAGACCGAUCAGCUGCUGGGUUAAACGGCCCAUCAGCGACACCGGAAACGCCAGCAAUAAUUUGGGGCGUGACGACAGAUUCGCCCAUUAUGCCACAGGCAACGAAUGAUUUAGACAAAUUGGGUAAUGAGUCCUCCCAAACGCCCGCGGAACCAUGGCUUGAAUCGGCUCCGCAAUCCUGGACCUUCACUCCUGGAAGUUGUCAGGGCUCUACAUCAACUAAAGCAGUCCGUCAGUCUAUUUCGUCAUGCGAGUCUUCGUACGCUACGGUAUCUGCGAACUUGGAUGCAGUUUACUCACAUAAAGAUUCGAACACCACGUGUAUUUGGCCUUUGACAGAUGCAGAAGAGGACGAACUUCUGAAACAUUUCAUGGCAGAUCUGGUAUAUUGGGUGCGUUCCUGGAGCUGUUCAGGCUGGAUGUCUCACACACUGAAUUUCACAUCUAGUUUGAUUACUGCGAUCCCCAAAUGCAUUUUCGAACAUACAUUAUCUCCAGGGCUCACAGUGAUCCAACCCUACUCUAUGCUGUUCUUGCCCUUUCGGCCAAACAGCUAUAUCAAUGCAACUGCCAAUCCUCGAGCUGACAAAUAUCAACGUCUGUGUCUGGAAAGGCUUAUUCCUGCGCUGAGCGACACUACGAACACUCUUCAAGACACAGGUUUAGUCUCUGCAACUAUCUUAAGAUUGCUGGAAGAAAUGACAGUGGUUCUUCGUCAGGAGAUAUUUGUUGCCAACAUGACCAAGCGAGGAAUCGAGAGAAUCGAGGAUCAUUGCAACUUUGAUCUCAGCUUAGAACCUGCAUCAGAUACCGUGUGGACGUACCGCAUUAUGGCUCACGCAGCCAAGGUGACUAGCUUUGUCUACUCUCCAGGCGGCGUCGACACGGAAAAAUGGGACGAAUACUGGCAGUACUUGAAUGAUUGGACCGAAAGAAAACCAGUAUUCUUUUCCCCCACGUAUGAUGAAAGAACGUCGAAUUCAACCACACUUAAAGUGAGCGACGGCAAGAAACAGUUGCCGAAAAUCUCGUUUGCCUAUGAUCGUCCCGUUGCAGCUCAUCAAUACUUUUAUCUCUGUCGGAUCCUCCUUCUUGCCUAUGACCCUCGAAUACCAAAACUUGGGCUCGGCGGUCUUGAGCUUCAACAUCAACGCGAUGAAUGUAUUCGCUCGGUGGCUCGAACAGUUUGCAGUAUCGGGAUCACAAACAAUGAGCAUGCUCAUGCCAGGAUUACUGCCGGUCUAGCUGUUGCCAUGUGCGGAGAGCUCUUCGCCGAUCCAGAGGAAACACCAAUACUAUUCGAAAUUAUCUCUCAAACGGAAAGACAUUUGGGUUGGCCGUGUUUGAAAGUCAGUCAUAAACUGAAAGCAUUCUGGAAUCUUUGA